CCCAUAUGAGCGGGACUGUGAGUCCGACCUAUUCGGUGGUCCGCUAUGCUUGUGUCUAGCAUCUUCGGAAUUUGACACCCGAGCUAGUCGCGACUCUCGAUAUAUUCCAUGCAAAGUAGAGCCACUGGCUUUCUAAGGGGUUUUAAUGUUUGGAGACGACAUUAAAGCCAAAAUGAGCGUUUCUUCCAUCAUCUAUGGUCCUGUUAGACCUCUUUUAUAUGAGCCAACAUCAGGGAAAGCCGCGAUACUCGUUUUUACCGCCUGCCUCCUCUUCUUCAUCGGUCAAUCUUUACGAAUCGUAUGCUUUCAUCCACUUGCAAGAUUCCCAGGGCCGCCAUUAGCAAUCGUGUCCAACCUAUUCUACUCCGGGACAGUCAUUAGCGGGCACUCACAUACCACUAUAAAGAAGUUACGCGACAAUCCCAGGAAAGGUACCAAUAUCUUCGUGAAAAACCCUCACUUCUACCCAACCGACGGCACCAUUCGAGCUAAGCACAUUGUCAACACCUCCGAUCCAGUUGAGCAUGCACAAAUCAGGAAGAUGAUGUCGCAUGCUUUCUCUCAGAAAGCUCUCUUCGAACAGGAGGAUAUUGUUAUCCACUACGCGGACAUGCUUAUGACGGCAAUCCUGGACGAGUCGCGCGAAGGCCUAAUAGAUCUUGAGAUGUUCUACAACUGGACGACGUUCCAUGUUCUCGGCGAGCUCGCGUCUGGUGAGCCGUUCGGUAGCCUUGAGGCACGUAAGACUGAUAACUGGAUUACCAUUAUCUUGAUGAUGAUGAUCAAGUGGAACGCGUACGACUUUGCCAUCCACAAGCUUCCUUUCUUGCCGCGCAUUCAGAGUUGGCUCGUACCAAAGGAUAUCGCCGAGGGCGCUGAGAUCCACAUCAUGCAGAGUAAACGGAAGAUCCUAGAGCGUAUGAAUCGACCGAAUGAUCGGCUGGACUUCGUUAGCUACAUCUUCAAGAAGCGAGAAGAAAUUGGUAUCACCGACUGGGAAAUGACAGCCCACGCGAACGCUCUUGUUAUUGCAAGGUCUGAGACUACAGCUACGGUAGUUUCUGGUUUGACCUACUGGCUUUGCCGUACACCUAGAGCGUACGAGAAGUUGAAAAGGGAUGUUAGAUGUACCUUUACUUCCUCGACUGAGAUAACAUCGCGCUCCGCGAUGCCAUUGACAUAUCUUACUGCAUGCAUCGAUGAAGCUUUUAGAAUCUAUCCACCAAUCUCGAUCGCCAUGCCACGCAAAGCUCCGGCCGGGGGAGAAACCGUUGCUGGCUAUUUUGUGCCAGAGGGAACCACGGUGGCAGUUCAUAUGUGGAGCACUACGCACAACCCCAAGAACUUUAAAGAUCCUUACGAAUACCGUCCAGAGCGCUGGAUGGAGCCUAAUAACACAGAUAACUUAGACGCCAGCAAGCCUUUCCUACUUGGACCACGAGCCUGCAUGGGACAGAACAUGGCGUGGAUGGAACUGCGUAUACUGAUAGCCAAGCUGGUCUUUUUGUUCGAUUUCAAACUCGACGAUGACGACUUCGAUUGGGACAGAGACUCGCGAACAUUUGUGCUAUGGGAGAAACCACCUUUGAUGACGAGAGUAACCCCUAGGGCGGUGUAG